CGUGUCUCUGACAUCAGUGGCAGGGCUGAGUUAGAGUGAAACCUCAAAAAUGCAGGGCGUGAGCCAGCUUGAGGGGAGGGAAAACAGAGGGAGCUUUUCUUACCGAGUGCAAACAAGGCAGCCCAGACUCCGAAAUGAACUGCCCAGAUGCUUAAAACAUCUCCACUUGGGAGGGGGUAAAGAGAGAGAACAAGAAAGAAAAGAAAAGAAACCCUGAACUUCCUUCCAAAACUCUGAGCAGUGGUGACGCAGCUGGGCUUGAGAUCUUCUGAGAUCCUUGAGGGACCCUAAGAGAGCCGUCUCGCGAACUUGGAGGUUUUUUUCUUCCCUGGCUGCCUCCUCACCUUCUCACCCUGACCUACAUCACUGUCUGCCAUCUGCCUGCGGAACCUCAGAGGAACAGAAGUCAUCAGAGGAACCUGGUGGCUUAGAUUAAAAUGUCCAGGUUUGUUCCUGACCCGACCAUUUCAAAAUGAAACCUAUGGAGUGAAAGGCUCUAUCUGCUGGGAUUUCGGGAUCUUUCUCAUCUUCUGUAAAGACAAGAGCCAGAGGAAGGACCACACGUUAAAGAGAGAGAGAGUCAAGCUGAGCCAGUGAAAAGGUGGUGAGCAGGAAGAUUUAAUCUGCCCUGAUUUAGUCAACUCCCAUGGAGAAAAUCAGCUCGUUCUUCAACAACCUCUGGAGCCUCAUCUAUACCAAACAUGAGCAGGGUCUCUUCAACACCAUUUGCCUGGGGAUACUCCUGGGGCUGCCCAUACUGGUCCUUUUAGUCCUCCUCUUCAUUUGCUGCCAUUGCUGCUGGAGUAGGCCAGGAAAGAACAAUGGGCCUUCAGAAAAGAACAAGAAGAAAAAGAAGAAGAAGGGUGAAGAGGAUCUAUGGAUCUCUGCUCAACCCAAGCUUCUUCAGCUAGAGAAGAGGCCAUCACUACCUGUCUAACAGGAGGAAGGAAAUGAAGGCAUCCUCCUCCUGAGACUUGGGAUCUUAGAUCCAGCCACCAUUGUUCAGGGAAGAAGACAUCCAUGACAUGGCUACCUAGGUCCCCAGAGUGACUUCUAAACUAAGAAACUCCAAAGCUAGCAAACAAAACAGCCUGAGAGCCCUCAUGGCAAGCAGGCCUAUAUUUACACAUGCAAGGGGUAUUUUAGUCAAUCUGGCUUAGCCACUGUGGAUGCUCAAGAGAUGAGCAAUAUUUAAUAAUACCUAUCACAGUAGGUGCAUGAACAUGCUCAUACCUACAUUUAAAAAGGCAAAUAGCCAUACUUGGGUAUGAGUAACUCUACCCAAGGGCACAAAUGCAUUGUUAUGCACAAGCUUUUGUAAGGCUUGUGAAUGUACCAAAAAAAGAAGAAAGAAAAGCAGCAUACACACAACCAGGUACAUAGGCAGGCAAACAAGUACAUUACACACCUAUAUUCACCAGUUCACAUCUGUAUAGUCUCUUGUAAAGACAUGCCCAGCUCUGUGCAUGUGUACAAACAUUUUUAAAAUGUCAGGAAUGCUUUGCUGACCACCAUCUCCACUGCUCAAACUUCUAGAUAUAGGUCAAGUUGUAACCGGCAUCGGGCACAUGAGUUGCGGGGCAGGGAGGAUUUUUAGGUCUCUCCCUCCCUGCAGGGACAGUUAACCUUUACACCUAGAAGUGCCUAUGACACUUCUCACUGGGCAGUCCAAGACCUCUUGGGGUCUUCACAUAUUAUACAAAUAUUGAUUCACAUUUACAUGCCAUGUCCCAGUGUUCUUGACCCUCACACUGGGUUAACGGCUAAAGUUGUUAACAGGAUGGAUCAGAUUGCAUUUCAGCUCUCCUUACCUGGGAUACAAGUGUUAUACUUCCAAACCCCAUUUAGUGUUUAGUUCUCACCCUCGGGGCUUAGGGCUUUCCUCCUAGCAACAACUAAGAGAGCUGCAAAGCCAGGUGGAUGUUAAUGGCCGGGAAGCUGUGGGAAACUAAUGGGUAGGUUGAAUGUGCUAUUAUCAUGUUGCAUACCGGUGUGGUCAUGGUUGUUCAGGUGGAGAGAUGUAAAAUAGACAUGGAAAUCGACGUAUGUCAUACAAGAUGAAAGAAGCUAAGGAGUCAAUGCUGGAAUUUGCAUGUUGAAUCCAACGGCCAUAAGAUUGAUGGGAACCCACUUGGGUGGGCACAUGUUAUAUUGAAAGUAGGAAGCAAAGGCUUAAAAGAGUAGAAAUGAUGAUACUGAAAGAAAUCAGUGAAAGCCAGUGGAUGUUGCCCAGAUGCAUUUUCUAAAGAUCCACACUGCCAAGGGGUCAGUAAUUCUGCCACUAUGCUGGAAAACCUCAGAAUGAAGCCUGGCAGGCUUUUCUCCCUGUUUAUCACAAGACCCAACAUAGAACCUUGCUCAUAGCUGACAGUUGGUGAAUUGCCAAAUAUGACAAUGCUGAUGAUCAUUGCAAGGGUGAAAUUUUAACAUCUCACCAACUCAAAACAAAGUCCCUACCCACCUAAGUGAAUACACCAAUUUCUCUAAUGGAAAAAGAGUUGUAUAUUGAAUUUGGAGAGUAAGGUACGAGAAAGAAACAAUAGAAUGGUGCAGAUGUUUGCAGAGAUGGUUAUAUAUAAGCAUACAUCCAUAGUAAGCAUACAUUCAAGAUAUAUCCCCAGUCCAUCCAAGGCCAAAGAACUUUGGGAAGUAGGCCAUCAUCCUUAUGGAAAAUGUGAAGAACAGUCAAUCCCAGUUAAUAAAGAGUGUGCUUCAAAAAGGAGUGUGAAUUCUAAGUCAGUUUUUUUUUUAAAUGGGAAACUAUUUCCCCAUGGAAGCAACAUUAUAAAUGGUUGUUCAGUGCCUAGAUCGCUUAAAAGCAUAUUUAAUCCAACAUGUCAUAAUAAUAUAGAGGCAGCCAGCCAUAGGGGAUAGCUUUACCAAAUGCGGAGUAGGGAAUAUCUCAUUUCAAAUCCUGCCUUUGAUACUAGAUGGGUGACCCUGAAUAAGUCAUUUAACCUCUUUGUUCAUUAAGUGACUGACUCCCCUAGAACUUACCUACUCAGCCAUAAAAAGUUGGUGAAGCGAGCUCCAGGGAAUGUUUUACAUAAUUUGGAAGUUUCUUUAGUGCUUUAAGAUUUACAAAGCACUGUACUUAACAACCACAAAGAAUAUAAGGGGUAUCCCUUUUGUAGAUGAGAAAACUGAGGCUCCCUGAGGAGUAAUUGUCCAAGGUCAUACAGCUAGUUAGCUUAGAAUCAGGUUUCAAACUCAAGUCUGUAACUGACUCCCAGUCUAUGAUAACAUACUUGCUGCCUCCAAUGAGGUUGGGCUCUAGCUCAGCCAUGGUCCUCUACAUUACAACCUACCCACCAUUCAGUUGUAUACAACUAGAACAUUGUUUCUAUGAGAAAAGAUAUUCCAAACUCCAACCUGGAGAAUCAAAAAUGCCCUGGCAGAGGGCAUGGAGACUUCAUCCCACUGCUGUCCCACCCAGCCUGUGUUCUCUGAGGCACAGAAUGGAUCUGAAAGGUUCUACAGCAGAGUACAGAGAGCAGAAGGAAGUUUUUCUCAUCUCUAGUCUAGAGUUGGGUGGUUUCCCCACCCAAGCUUGGGGAGACUCAGAGGAGACAGAGGAGUAAGCCCAAUGAGAGUGGCUGAUAGGAAACAGAAGAAAGAAGAGACAAUCUCCUUGGGGAGAACCCAACAGUGGUAGCCUUUUGUGGAAGCUUGAGAAGUAGGGGGACAGCCUGCCAGUGGAAGCUACUUGUGAGUUUGUAAGUCAUGCGGUCAUACGUCUAUCACAGUAUCGUUCAUUUUUUCCCCUGCAAAGUAAGUAGCCCAAACUUGGAAAAUACCCUAAUAUUUUUCUGGCACCCCUCACCCCUUAAAGAAGAAUUGCCUCUGACCUAGAGACCAAUUUGGCGAUUACCUGCCAUUUUAAAGAUAUUUGACAAGUAAUGGUCCUGACAAGGCUUCUCAUAUUCGAGAUGCCCUGCCCCCUCCCCAGCUAGCUCCAGUCACCCUUCCAUCUCCUACUCCCAGACCCCAGCCAUUGCAAAAUUGGAUGACCAGAGGGAAAAGCGUGGAACGUAAUAAUAGUGACAGACAUAAUGGGGGCGGGGGUGUAGAAUGUGAGACCUCACCCUGGACUUUGGACCUAACAAGUUACCUAGUCACCAUGAGCAGGUCUCCCUGUGUGUGCAGAAUUUUUUUUGGUCUCCUUUGUCUGGACACACUUGCUCUGGCUCCAUCCAAGCAACAACCAAAAAGUCUCCUCUCCUCAUAUGUGUCUGUGGCCCAGGAUAUGUGUGCAGAAGUUUUCUAGAAGAAACUAAUUCCCCUCUGUGUUGGCACUCUAUGGCACUGGAGGCCCUUUGCUUUCCUACCCAUAUUGCCACUCCCUGUUAAUUUUCCAUUCUUUUUUCCAUCUCUCCCCUUUUACACUUCUUCCAUCACCACACUUCAGCAUCCCUUUCUUCCUCUUUUUCCCCAGACACUUCUUCUCAACCUGCCAGUGGUAUCUACUAUGUAAUGCCUGUUCCCUCACUGCCACUACAACCCUGACUUCUCUUAGGGCAACGGAGCUAAAGCAAGGCAGUAAGGAGCAUGGGGCCAGUAGAGCCUCUUUCCAGAUUUGAGGGGUGCCAUUCCUAAAUCAGCAUAGCCUUGGGGAAACUGAGGCAGAGGCUCCCCUCCUUCAGGGGUAGGACUGAGACAGCUCAGUGAAAUUCAGCAGGGUCAGGUCAAAGGCCACUUCUCCUCGGUGCUCAAUAAGUGCAUUUUGUUGGCUUAUUUUUAUGUUUUGAAAACAAAUGUAAAUGGACUAACAUACUUACUCGUUAAUAUUUUGUUUUCUGUACAGUUUGAACAGACAAAAGGUAUUUAAAUUUUUAAAAAAUCAAGUCUUUCUAUCUCCCUGCCAAUCUCACUGCAACUUUUUUGGCAUUAAAGAUCACCCUUUGCAGUU